AAGGCCGUGGAGCUGGCACCCGAGUUCCGCGAGGCGCGGGCUCGCCUCGCUCGGGUUUUGGCCACUUCCGGACGGUUGGAGGAUUCCAUUCCCCACCUGCAGAAGGUCGUCGAGCUGGACCCCCGCGACGCCGACGGUCGCCUGCGCUUGGCACGGGCUCUGAUGGAGGUCCGACGCACCGACGAUGCCACCAAGGAAGUGGCGGCUCUCUUGGCUCAGCAGCCCGACAAUCUGGACGGCAUCCUGUUGAGCGGCCGGAUCCACGCCGUCAACGGCAAUCCGGAAGCGGCCGAGCGAGAAUUCUCUCGGGUCACGGAUUUGAGCUCCGCCACCCGCGACCAGCGGGCCCGCGCCCACCUCAACAUGGCGUUGCUGCGUCAGGCCCAAGGCCGCAUUCAAGAGUCCAUCGAAUUCUAUGGUCAGACCCUGAAGAUCUCACCGGAUCAGCCCCAGGCUCUGUUCAAUCUGGCGGUGAUCCUGGCCAGCAACCAACGCCUCAAGGGUGCCGCCGAGCUCUACCAGCGGCUCCUCCAGCUAGAUCCUUCCCGCACCGACGUGCGCUACCGAUUGGCGGUCACUGAAAUGGGUCGCGGUGAGCUGAAAGCAGCCUCCGAGCAUUUCGAGCAAUUGGUGGCGGACCGUCCCCUGGCGAUUGAGCUGGUGACCUCCAGCUCCCUUCUGCUCGCCGAGCUGGGACGGGGCGACGAAGCCGCCGAUCGACUGUUGGCAGCCAUUUCCAAAACCCGCGACAAGGCGCCGAAAGCCCGGCUGAAAAGCACCCUUGGGGCGGUGGAGAUCAAAAACGGUUAUCUGGAGCGCGGCCUCGGCCAUCUCCGUGAUGCCGUCGAUCUGGCGCCCGACGUUCCCGAAGUUCGAAAGCGUUAUGCCGAAGCCUUGGCAGGAGAAAAGCGCUAUGCCCAAGCGGUCGACGAAUACGUGGCCUACGGAGCCCUGGCCCCCGGCGACGAUCAAGCGACCUUUGCCCACGCCACCUGUCUGAUCAUCUUGGACCGCUG